AUGGCCCUUCUCAUCAAUCUCCCAUUGCCAAAAUGUUCUUCUUUUCCUUCUUCUGCAGGUUUGACCGUUGCAACGUCCACAACAUCAUUCAUUUCAAACAAGGGUCGAAAUUACCAAAAUGCCCUUCCUCCCAAGAGGAGGGGUUCCCCGACUUUCGUCAUAAGAUGUUCUUCGGACGUAUCCAGAAGCGACUUCCCUUCCAAUUUUAUCUUUGGCGCUUCCACUUCUGCUAUUCAGGCUGAUGUGCGUUGCUUGAAGGACAUGAAGGCGGACUCCUACAGAUUCUCCAUUUCUUGGUCCAGGAUCCUUCCAAAUGGGAAACUUACUGAUGAAAGCAGUAUCAACCAAGAAGGCAUCGAUUUCUACAACAAUUUGAUAGAUAGCCUAAUCGCCGAUGGCAUUGAGCCUUUCGUGACAUUAUUCCACUUCGAUUUGCCUGCGUCUCUACAAAGCCAGUACAAUGGCUUAUUGAGUUCAGACUUCGUGGAUGACUUCAGGAACUAUGCUGGGCUGUGUUUCAAGAUAUUUGGGAAGAAGGUGAAGCACUGGAUAACGUUUAACGAGCCAGAGGUGUUCUGCCAGUAUGGGUAUAAGACAGACAUGGUGGGAAAAAACCACCCUGCCUUGUAUCCCUACGUCGCAGCUCACCACCUCUUGCUUGCUCAUGCUAAGGCCGCCCAACUCUACCGAGAUCUCCAUCAGGGCACUCAAAAUGGGGAAAUAGGCAUGUCAUUGAGCGCUGAAUGGUUUUUGCCGCACUCAAGUUCCCCCACAGACAAAGAUGCUGCCAACCGUGCUUGGGACUUCAUGGUUGGAUGGUUUUUGGACCCACUGGUAACGGGAGAUUACCCAUUUAGCAUGAAAGCGAUUGUUCGGGAUCGGCUCCCAACGUUCACGGAGGAGGAGGCAGCCCUCGUGAAGGACUCCUUCGAUUUUAUCGGCAUCAAUUACUACACCUCAAGAUACACCAAAGGCCUCCCCAUUUCCCCCAACGACGUCGCUUCUAGCUACUGGAAAGAUAAAUAUGUCCGCAAUCUCGUGGUCAAAGAUGGGAAACUUAUUGGUCCAGAGGCCCAGGGCGAAAAGGCGAUUUUCAUUUAUCCCAAAGGAUUAGCUGCUAUUUUGAUUCAUUUGAAGUUAGUUUACAACAAUCCAAAAGUUUACAUUACUGAGAAUGGGUAUCCACAAAAAAGGGAUGACUCCCUUCCCGUCGAGGAAGCACUUCAAGACGAUAUCCGGAUUAGCUGCAUCCAAGACCAUCUCUCUGCCGUCAAGGCAGCUUUGAAGGAGGGGGCGAACGUGAAUGGGUACUUCAUAUGGUCACUAAUGGACUGCAUGGAAAUGGGGUCGGGCUACACCGUUCGGUAUGGCCUUAACUACACCGACUAUGACCGUCACUGGGACCGCUAUGCCAAGAAAUCCGCCCUCUGGCUCCGCGAUUUCUUAUCUUCCUCCUCUGCCUCCGCCUCCACCACCACUACCACUACCACGCCUGCCGCCGCCGCACCCGCCAACGGCGCCACUACCAACAACGUCCCUGCCGCCGUCAGCUAG